AUGGAAAUGAAUGGUGAACCAGAUUUAGCUGGUAUUUUCAGCGCGGCUUUAAUGCCAUUGAAAGAUAUGAAACAUGCAGAUAUUUUGGACCAGUAUGAAAUGAACAUGGCUGAUGGAAAUAUAACACCUGACGUUCUAGAACAUUUAUCUCAAAGAACUACACAGAACCAUAGAGAUGGUAUAUUUGGUGAAGAGUUUAGAAAGAAAGUUAGGGAGACAGAAGGAAGAGAACCUAUUGUACAUGACCUUGCAAACGAAAGUUUACAAAAUGUCAUAAAAACUUACUUUGCAGACAAUGAACCGAGAAGGGAUGAAUAUUUAAGAAAACUCAAAUGGACAGUACCAAAUGAAAUGUUAGUAUUGAAAAACAUGUUCCUUGACAAAAUAAAACCAACUACAGAAAUAAAUGACGCAAGACUGAAACAUUGGGUAAAAGCUUUCCCAUUCACAAAAGAUAUUAUUGGUAACAUGGAAAGAAAACCAGAAUGGCUACAAAAACAUAUAUUUGGAAACGAGCUUAUUCCAUAUGGACAAGCUCUGUUUGAAGAGCUUGAACCGGAAACUCAGGAAAGAGUCAUGCAAACAAUACGCGAAGACUCAAAUACAGACUAUGACAAACUCUUUCUAGGAUAUAGGUUACCUGAGAUGGGCGACCAGAGCCAAAAGGCAAAAAGGACAUGGGAAAUUUGCAACAUACUAGAUGAACAUAAUGCAAAGAUGCAACAACUUCAAGCAGAGGGCAAUGAAGGAAAAAGAAGAGUUAAAAACUCAGUCAGGAAGAAAGUAAAGCUUGGUCCACGUGGGUUCUAUUAUGACAUAUAA